AUUAUUUUGCUGCUUCUGAGAUAUACAAUGCAAUCCGUGUGUUCAUUGCUUGCUAUGUCUGGAUGACUGGAUUUGGGAAUUUCUCAUAUUACUAUAUCAAGAAAGAUUUUAGUAUUGCAAGAUUUGCUCAGAUGAUGUGGAGGUUAAAUUUCUUUGUGGCAUUCUGUUGCAUUGUCCUUGACAAUGAUCUCAUGCUCUAUUAUAUAUGCCCAAUGCACACACUAUUUACUCUUAUGGUAUAUGGAUCACUUGGUCUGUUUAACAAAUACAAUGAGGUACCAUCAAUCAUGGCUAUUAAGAUUGCUUGCUGCUUCUUGUCUGUAAUUUUGAUAUGGGAAAUCCCUGGGGUAUUUGAAUUAUUGUGGGCCCCUUUUACGUUUCUGCUAGGCUAUAAAGAUCCAUCACCAUCCAAGGCACACUUACCCGUGCUACAUGAGUGGCAUUUCUGAUCUGGCCUCGAUCGA